CUUCAGUAGCAGCUGAUUAUCGUGCGGCAUGAUUAUCUAAACAUUUAUUUGUUUCAGCGAUUCGUUUUAAUAAUUAAAAAUGAACUUAAGCUCUAGAGUUAUGCUGAAUAAAUUGGCGCAGCAGUGCGCCUACAAGCGAAUUGUCACAUUCUCUACGAAAACGGCAGAACAUGCUGUUGAAAAUAGGGAGGAACAGAAGAAAGAGGAGGCUUCGGCUUCCACAACCGCUCCACCGUCUCCUCCUGUUAUCCGUAAACCCAUUAUCCCGCCGAAUUAUCGGUUCGUUUACCCGGAAUUCCUGCCCGAUCCAAAGGUAGAGUGGAGGAAUCCCAUACGCGAGAAACUGGAGCGCCUGGAUAUGCUUGACCGGCGCAAACAGAUUGAUCUCCCAGAAUUUUAUGUAGGAUCCGUGCUGGCAGUGACUAGCUCCGAUCCCCAUGCCGCCGGCAAGACCAGUCGCUUUGUGGGCAUCUGCAUUAAUAGGGACCGCUGUGGACUGCGUGCCCGCUUCAUCCUACGAAACGUCAUCGAUCACCAGGGCAUGGAGGUAGUCUAUGAGUUGUACGAUCCCACGAUCCAGAAGGUGGAGGUGCUGCGGCUAGAAAAGCGCCUGGACGACAGUCUUUUCUAUCUUCGUGACGCUCUGCCAGAGUACAGCACUUUUGAUGAGAACAUGGAGGCGGAACCGCUGGAGGAGGGUGCUCCGGUGCCAGUUAAUGACAUCAAGGUGGUGCUGCGUCCACGUCCUUGGCUGGAGCGCUGGGAACGUCAGAAUCUACUUGGCGUCGCCAACAUCGAUGAGUAUCUAAAGGACAAGCAUCGUCUAUCGGCGGCAAAGGUACAGAAGCCGUGGGAAAAAUACGACAUGAUGAAGGACUACCGUAGCUCGAUUCCCGAGGAAGAGCAAACGGAAAUAUUUGCAGAGGUGCACACGGAACUGCACACCUUGGAGCUGCAGCGCAAACGCAACAAGCGAAAGCGUACAUUCAUCAAGCCCAAGCACCUGGCGUAAAUGCAUUUGUUGUCCACUUUGUAGAUUAAUAAAUUCAGAAAAAUGUUGAAAAUA